CAGGGAAGCACUUUGACGUCAUCAGAAUCCAAAGAUGGCGGCCUUGGUCGCACCUCGCCUGGCCAUGUUUGGCUCUUUUUCAACACGACCCAUCUCUUUAUUUGCUCUUCAACAGAGGACCCUGCACAACAGUGUUAAAAGUGAGAACACAUGCACUAGUGUGGUUCCAGUCAGAGAGAAGAGCACGGCAGUGGCAGCAGCCAAACCAACAUCUGUAGCCAGCAACAAGGGGGAGUAUGUUAUAACCAAGCUGGAUGAUCUGGUAAACUGGGCUCGCAGGAGUUCUCUGUGGCCUAUGACCUUUGGGCUGGCAUGUUGUGCAGUGGAGAUGAUGCACAUGGCUGCACCCCGUUAUGACAUGGACCGUUUUGGAGUUGUGUUCAGAGCAAGUCCUCGACAGUCUGAUGUCAUGAUCGUGGCAGGAACUUUGACCAAUAAGAUGGCUCCAGCCCUGCGAAAGGUGUACGACCAGAUGCCUGAGCCUAGAUACGUCAUUUCCAUGGGAAGUUGUGCUAAUGGAGGAGGCUACUACCACUACUCCUACGCUGUGGUCAGAGGCUGUGACAGAGUCGUACCAGUGGACAUUUAUGUUCCAGGUUGUCCCCCAACAGCAGAGGCUCUCCUCUAUGGGACUUUACAGCUGCAGAAGAAAAUCAAACGUGAGAAGAGGUUGAAGAUCUGGUAUCGGAAAUGAAUGUGUAAUAUGUAUGCGUGUAUCUAUCUGCUAUGUAAAUGUUGUAUUUGAGUUUCAUUUCAAGCUCUGCUCCUCCUUCAUGUAGAGCUGCGGGAACUUACUUCAUUAAAAUUGCUGUAAAUUUA